GAUCUUCAAAUUUUCCACUGUGUACUUUUUGUCUGGAGAAAACCUUGGACUAGAGAUAAGGCCGUAUCCAAAAAUGUAUUUCUAGCAGCUCCUGCUUCCAGUCAGCCUGUCUGGGCUUGAGGCUGAAUCAAGACCAUGAAGUGCCUGCUCUUUCUCGCCUUUGUUGGGGCGGCUGUUGUCUUCCCCACCAUCGCUGAGGAUGAUGACGACAAGAUCGUGGGAGGCUACACCUGUGCACAGAACUCUGUUCCCUAUCAGGUGUCCCUGAAUUCCGGAUAUCACUUCUGUGGAGGUUCCCUCAUCAGCAGCCAGUGGGUCCUGUCAGCUGCUCACUGCUACAAAUAUCGCAUCCAAGUGCAGCUCGGGAAACAUAACCUGGCCCUGACAGAAUCAACACAGCAGUUUAUUAACUCGGCUAAAGUCAUCCGCCACUCUGGCUACAGCGCCUAUACCCUGAACAAUGACAUCAUGCUCAUCAAGCUUGCCACCCCAGCCCAGCUCAGCAAAUCUAUCCAAACGGUUGCUCUGCCCAGCAGCUGUGUGGCCGCCGGCACCACUUGCCUGAUCUCCGGCUGGGGCAACACACUCAGCAAUGGCAAUAACUAUCCAGAUGAGCUGCAGUGCCUGCAGGCUCCGGUGCUCUCUGCCACUGACUGCAAGAACGCCUACCCUGGUGAGAUUACAGACAACAUGAUGUGUGUAGGAUUCCUGGAGGGAGGAAAAGAUUCCUGCCAGGGGGAUUCCGGCGGUCCCGUGGUCUGCAACGGAGAGCUCCAGGGCAUUGUUUCCUGGGGCAUUGGAUGUGCCCAGAAAGGCUACCCUGGAGUUUAUACCAAGGUUUGCAAUUACGUCUCCUGGAUCCAAUCCACUAUCGCCGCCAACUGAGACCCUCUCACUCAAUGUGACCUGCCUUUUCUCAUCAUCCUUUCCUCUCUUUUGGGUCUGGACAAACAAACACCAUGAAAAAUGAAUAAAGACUU